AUGACGUUGGACCAGAAGUGGAAGACACCUAAGGAACUAGCAGCUCAGACAAGCGCUGAGCCGCAAGAGAUUCGAGAAACAGAGUUGACGCCCCGUACGUCAUGCGACCGCUACAACCUCAGGAGUCGACCGCGGCUUCGCUAUGACUUACUCCACCAUGGAACACUCAUCACGAUACUCUGUACCUCGGAUUGCUCGGAUCGGGUCGGCCUCGGUACAUCCACCGCGUCGAUGCAAUGCACACCGGAGGGAAUGCUUAUCAAGACCUCAGGGAUGAAGUCGUACGAACUAUGUUCUGAAGGAUCCUGCAUCACCCGUGACAACCCACCGGAGUCAGAACUAAUAAGGCUUCCUCCAGAGAUCACCCUCCAUGAACAUAAAGUCCACUGGAAAGUGACCAACGGAACAAAAAUGAAGACUGUCGAAACGACCUGUCCAGCUAUGCCGUUCUGUCCGCAACGUAGACUGCUGGUUGUGCACGGCAAAUGUCUUCAAUCCUUCAAUUGCCUAACCGAUUACCUCCUCAUUGUCACUUGUGCACUCCAGGGUACGAGAGCAUGCCAAGAUGUCGACAUAUUCGAGCACAGAAUGACCACCUGCACGAAGUCUGCAUCACACCGGCAAAACUGCACGGUCGACGUCACAGAGAUCGUGAAGCUCAACACGUUCAACAAGGAAGCGUGCUUCCGCAUUACCAACAAAGAGAUCCGCUUGGAAUGGAAGACACUUCAACUCAUUUGCGACAAGCAAACUAUCACGUAUACACGAGCGGCAAAGCAACACGUGCUAAGUUCCAAACGAUGCUCCCAUAUCGGCAGCUGCGUGGACACUAAAUGCGCAGGGGUCAACACGACCACCCUUCUUCCGGAACUGAUGGAAGCCAACCUCUUCCCCGGGGUGACAUACUGCGUUGAGAGUUGCGGAGGACCAGGCUGCGGAUGCUUCUACCUCAGCAGCGGAUGCCUAUUCUACCGCGUCUUCAUGAAACCUGAGAGCACCGAAAUCUUCGAGAUAUUCAGCUGCUCACGCUGGAGAGAGGAAGUCGUUCUCCACAUAACAGUGACAACGGAUAAGAAGACCACCGUGAACGAAGCCAGGCAUCUCCGACCGACUAUAUCAGUACAACACCAACCAUGA